AACAUAUAAAUUAUAAUUGUUUAAAAUUAUAAACUAAUAAUUUUAAUAUUAUGUCUUAAAUAGGAAAAAAAAUUAUAUAUCAUGCAAAAAAAAAUGCAUUUUGUUCAAAAAGUGGUUGAAGAUAACUAUCAUGUGAAAAAUGUAUGAAAAAACUUAAGAAGGAUGAAGACACAAUUGUAUGCAAUAUGUCUUUUGAUAAAAAAUUAAAGGGAACAUUAAUGUUUAUAAAAUAUAUAUAUAUAUAUAUAUAUAUAUAUGAAUACUUUGUAAAUUAUAUUUUAAUCAUCAAAAUUAAAUUUAAUUAUUUAUAUAAUUUAAUUUUUUUAUCAGACAUAUAAAAUUAUAAAUUAUAGAUUAUAAUAUAUUUUUUAUAAAAUGAGUUCCUUUGCGAUAUCGCACGGGCUUUUUGCCUAGUAAGAUUAAUAUAGCUCUCUUCAUUCAGAACAAGAAGAAGAAGAUAAAACCUAGCAGUGAAAAAUUAACUUUUGUUUUCACAUUAGCUUUAGGAAAACGUUUCUCAUAAAACCAUAAGUAAAAGAUAAUAGUUCCCAUGGGCUAGGGUGGUCGUUUUUGUAGUCUUAUUGCUACUCCCUUCGAGCCGGCGACUGAUAAGGGUAGUACAUCGCGUGUUUGUUUGCGAACAUAAUUUCAUUGGAACAUCAUAUCGUCGCGUGUUGAAGCGUACUAUCCGGACAUCUGAAUUGGAUAAAGAUAAUUCAUUCAGUAAUAUGUCCGUACAUAUGUCGCAUUGCUAUUCAUUUCAAUUAAAUGUUUUUCUUUCAUUCGUUGAUAAUGCAUGUUAAUGAUUCUAAAAUAUCCAGCUAUCCAUUAAUUAUUAGCACAUUUAAUUCGUAGUUGUUAACAAUUGUAUUACAUAAUGAUUAAGAGUUCAUGUGCCAUGCACGAGGCUGUUUCUUUCUUUGUUUGUUUCAAUAUUUUCUCAUCAUAAUUUCUCAAAAUAAACAUAUCUCUGAUUUAAUUAUGUUUCAGGUAAUUCUCUCAUCACUCAGAAGAAAAAAAUAUCAUCAAAACUCACAGUUCACCUCUUACUCUUUAUUUUUAUGCGGUAAGUCAUGUAAUCAAUAUCAAACAUAUUGGCCUAGUUCAUCUACAUGUUGAUGCAACCAAUAACUGAAAUAUUGUUCUUUUGUGUCUUGCAAUAUCUUACAAAUAUGUAUCGACCAAUCAUAUUACUAGAAAUUCAAAUAAUUUAAAAAAUGUAUCAGUAAAAUUAAAGCUGUAUAGCCACUCUCAGUACAACGAACAACUAGAGACAAAUCGUAAAUCACAUCGACAUGCAGAUAAACAGAGCUAUUUUUAACAAAAGGUUCCCAAAACAAAGGUAAAAUGUUACCAUACUUCCACACUUAUGUUCCUAUAUGAUUGACUAUUUUGUAAUGGUUACCAUCAAUCCUAAAGUAACAAUGCUGCUCUGUCUUGUACUUACAAUGGAAAUAAACUUUUUAUUUAACGUUCUGAACAAUAAUCAACAAAUUGCAAGGUUUUCUUAAAAGAAUUUUAAUACAACCAUGCAGAGAGAAUAAAACUAAAAUAUAUACAAAUUAACUAAAUGGCCUUUCUAGAAAAAUGACAAAGAAUACAAUAAUAAACUUAUAAAAAAAUACUAUAUAAUAAUUCCACCUCCGGAUCAACUAAAUGCUAGAUGUCUUGUUCAAAUACACAUCACAUGAGUAAAGUGGAUUCCAGCAAAUGGAAGGAAGUUGGAUGUUAGCUGAAAUUUAUUACAUUACUAUAUACAACGAGUUUUAAGAUGUUCGUAAUCACAAAUUCACAAGCACGAGUUUUCUUCAACAUUGCUGUUCGAAUCGACUAAUAAAACAAAUAAUAAGAACACCUAAUUGAGAUCACAACACGUGUCGCACGACAAUAGGGCGGUGGAUCACAUGGUUAAAUCUCUUUUAUCAUUAUUCAUUUCACAGAUUUCCACUUUAUUUGGAUUCUCUCACCGUACCAACGGCGUACACACCCGUCUUCAUUAACUAACACCCAAACCCAAGACCCGGAUAUUUUAACCCGACCCGUUAAAGCCGGUUCUUACCCGGUCAAGCGAACUUAGCCUCGGAAUCCUAAAACCCCCAUACCCAAUCCAACAUGGAUCUGCCUCCAGUUAUAAAUUUCCACGUGGCAUCCAUUCAUUGGCUCUUUAUCUGGAACCCAAGAAGACCUUUUUAGUAUAAAGAGCCCUUCGUCGGUCCUAUUAUCAACACUCCCUCCUCACUGUCUUCUCUCUCUCUCCCUCUAAUAACAGAACAAAGAGUAAAAUAUGGCGCCAAGUCUCUCCCUGGUUCUGCUCAUCGUGCUUCUCUCUUCACCAGCGAUUUACGCCGGCCAUGAUUACCGCGACGCGCUCCGCAAAAGCAUAAUGUUCUUCGAAGGUCAGCGUUCCGGCAAGCUUCCUCCUGAUCAACGUCUCAGAUGGCGCCGUGACUCAGCCUUACGCGACGGUUCUUCCGCCGGCGUGGAUUUGUCGGGAGGUUACUACGACGCGGGAGACAACGUCAAGUUCGGUUUCCCGAUGGCGUUCACGACGACAAUGCUGUCAUGGAGCAUUAUCGACUUCGGGAGAACAAUGGGACCUGAGCUUAAAAACGCCGUGAAGGCCGUCAAGUGGGGAACUGAUUAUCUCCUGAAAGCGACGGCGAUUCCCGGCGUUGUUUUCGUUCAGGUGGGAGACGCUUACUCCGACCAUAACUGCUGGGAAAGGCCAGAAGACAUGGACACGCUUCGCACUGUCUACAAAAUAGACAGAGCUCAUCCUGGAUCAGACGUUGCAGGAGAAACCGCCGCCGCGUUGGCCGCGUCUUCGAUCGUUUUCAGGAGACGUGAUCCUGCUUACUCCAGACGGCUGCUUGACCGGGCCACAAGGGUAUUUGCGUUUGCUAAUAGGUAUCGUGGUGCGUACAGUAACAGUCUUUACCACGCGGUGUGUCCUUUUUACUGUGACUUCAACGGUUACCAGGACGAGUUACUGUGGGGUGCGGCGUGGCUGCACAAAGCCUCGAGGAAACGAGCGUACAGAGAAUUCAUUGUGAAGAACGAGGUGAUUCUCAGGGCUGGAGAUACCAUUAAUGAGUUUGGUUGGGAUAAUAAGCAUGCUGGGAUUAAUGUCUUAAUCUCCAAGGAAGUGCUAAUGGGAAAAGCAGAGUAUUUUGAGUCUUUCAAGCAAAACGCCGAUGGAUUUAUCUGUUCUAUAUUGCCUGGAGUAUCUCACCCUCAAGUCCAAUACUCUCGAGGAGGUCUGCUUGUGAAAACUGGAGGGAGUAACAUGCAACAUGUAACAUCACUAUCUUUCCUCCUAUUGGCUUACUCUAACUAUCUGAGCCAUGCCAAAAAGGUUGUGCCUUGUGGCGAAUUAACUGCCUCCCCAUCUCUCCUCCGCCAAGUCGCCAAGCGUCAGGUGGAUUACAUUUUGGGUGACAACCCGUUGGGAAUGUCUUACAUGGUUGGGUACGGUCGACGGUUUCCACGUAGGAUUCACCAUCGUGGCAGCUCGGUUCCUUCAGUCUCGGCCCAUCCAGCACGUAUAGGCUGCAAGGAAGGCUCUCGCUAUUUCCUCAGCCCAAAUCCUAACCCAAACCUUCUCGUUGGUGCUGUUGUUGGUGGGCCUAAUGUCACUGAUGCUUUUCCUGACUCGAGACCUUACUUCGUGCAGUCAGAGCCCACGACUUACAUCAACGCACCACUCGUUGGACUUCUUGGUUACUUCUCGACCCAUUCUUCUUGGCGAUGAGGAUGGUCUCUAGUAGUUACACUCCCUCUCUCCUUAGAGGUGUGCUGGGAACUUUAGGCCACCCUAAACCCUUUAAUUAUUUUUAUGUUAUUUCCACUCUUUUAUUUUCUACUUAACCAAUUGUAUUGUACGCCCCCGUAAUUAGCGAAGAAGAUUAAAUGAGUUGUACCGGUGUGAAAAUAACUCACCUUUGCACUUUUUCGAGUCGUUACGUAAAUUAGCUUACAUAAUC